GCGGCGGUGGCACAGCGGCGGGCAGCGGCGGGCUCGGAGAGCUGGAGCCGUGACCAUCUCCGGCAAACCGGGUACCCACCGACAGCCGGAGAGAGACACACACAGAGAGAGAGAGAGAGAGACCCGGAGAAGGACGCGGGGUCGGGUGGCCGCCGCCGCCGCCGGGCGCGCUCCGCUGUUUGCCAGAGUCCGGCCACCUGGUCUUCACCUUGGCCCCGCCGCCCCAGAGUCAACAGGAUGACACCAGGAGGUGUUGGACUGCACCUGGCUCUGCUGGCAGCCUCCCUGCCUGCUGCAUUGGGAUGGACAGACCCCAGAACCAGCCGAGGCCUGACUGUGGGAGUGGGGGAGCCGCAGGCAGAGGAACCAAGAAGAUUUGCAGUCUCAAGAAGAGAAGGGUUUGGCCUCGACAUGCUGGCAGCCGCCUGCAGGAAGAAGCUCUGUGACCGUGGGAGCAGCUGCGUGCUCAGCAGGGAGACAGGCCAACCAGAGUGCCGGUGCCUGGAGACAUGCCGGCCCAGCUACAUGCCCGUGUGCGGCUCUGAUGGCAAGUUCUACGAAAACCACUGUGAGCUCCAUCGUGCUGCCUGCCUGCAGGGAAGGAAGAUUGGCGCUGUGCACAGCAGGGACUGCUUCCUCAAAGGUGACUCAUGCUCCAUGGCCGACUAUUCCCGCCUAAAGAAUGUCCUUCUGGUGCUCCAGGCCCGCCUGCAGCCCCUGGAAGGAGGGGACCACAGGCAGGAGCCUGCCUCCCAGAAGCGCCUGUUAGUGGAAGCACUGUUCCAACAACUAGACACCAACAGAGAUGGCCGCCUGGAUGGUUCGGAGUUGGCUCAGCAUGAGCUGAAGGAGCAAGACCAGGAGGGAGAUUUCCUGGGGUGUUCGCCAGGUGACCUCCUCCGCUUCGAUGACUACAAUAGUGAUGGGUCCCUGACGCUGCAGGAGCUCUACACAGCCUUCCAAGUGGUUCAGCUCAGCCUGGCCCCGGAGGAGAGGGUACGUGUGAUCACCGUGACUGUGGGGAUGAGCACAGUGCUAAGCUGUGCCAUCCGUGGAGAUCUACGGCCUCCCAUUGUCUGGAAGCGCCAUGGGCUGGCCCUCAACAUCCUGGACUUGGAAGACAUUAAUGACUUCGGAGAGGACGCCUCCCUCUAUAUCACCAAGGUGACCACCGUCCACAUGGGCAACUAUACCUGCCACGCCUCCGGCCACGAGGAGCUGUUCCAGACCCACGUCCUGCAGGUGAAUGUGCCACCUGUCAUACGUGUCUACCCAGAGGCCCAGGCUCAGGAACCCGGGGUAGCAGCCAGUCUGAAGUGCCAUGCUGAAGGUAUCCCAGUCCCCAGAAUAACAUGGCUGAAAAACGGCAUGGAUGUCUCUGCCCAUGUAUCAAAACAGCUCUCUUUCCUAGCCAAUGGAAGUGAACUCCACCUCGGCAGUGUUCGGUAUGAGGACACGGGGGCCUACACCUGCAUCGCCCGGAAUGAGGUGGGCGUGGACGAGGACAUCUCCUCACUCUUCGUCGAGGACUCUGCCAGGAAGACCCGCCUCAGCGUGGGGAAUGUGUUCUACGUCUUCUGCGAUGAUGGUAUCGUUGUCCUCCAACCCACGGACUGUGAGAUCCAGAGGCACCUCAGGCCCACAGAGAAGAUCUUUAUGAGCUCCGAAGAAAUCUGCCCUCAAGGGGAAGGUGAGGACCUUCAGCCAUGCCAAUGGGCAUCAGCUGUGAACGUCAGACACCGAUUCAUCUAUGUUGCCCAGCCAGCACUGAGUAGAGUCCUGGUGAUUGAUGUCCAAGCCCAGAAAGUCCUACAGUCCAUAGGUGUGGACCCUGUGCCAGCUAAGCUGUCCUAUGACAAGUCACAUGACCAAGUGUGGGUCCUGAGCCAGGGCGAUGGGCAAAAUUCCCAGCCAAGUCUUCAGGUACUCACGGAAGCCAGCAGCGGCCAGGGCCAGCAUCUCGUCCGCGUGCCCUUUGCUGGAGUGCAAGAUUUCUUCAUCCCCCCAACCAACCUUAUCAUUAACCAUGUCAGGUUCGGCUUCAUCUUCAACUCGUCGGACCCCGCCAUUCACAAAGUGGACCUGGAAACCCUGGUGCUGAUCAAGACCAUCAGCCUGGAGAGCCACGGCUGCGUGCCCCAGGCCAUGGCCCACACGCACUUGGGGGGCUACUUCUUCAUCCAGUGCCUGGCCCACCGGGGCAGCACCCCGCAGCUGCUCCUGGACAGCGUCACGGACUCGGUGGUGGGCCCCAACAGCCGCAUCACGGGCACCCCGCAUGUGUCCCCAGACGGGCGCUUUGUGCUCAGCGCCUCCAGCAGCAACCCCCACUUGCAUGUGCAAGAGAUCACCGUGCGCGGGGAGAUCAGGACCCUCUACACCCUAAAAACCAGCGGGGCUGUCGGGGACGUGGCCUUCCAGCGCUCCUUCACCGAGGGCAACCAGUACCACGCGUAUGCCACGCUGGAGUCGGAGCCGGGCCUGCUGUUCGUGGAGCUGGCCACAGGCCAGGCAGAUGUGCUGCAGAACUUCAAGGAGCCGCCCCGGGGCCCUGCCUGGCCUUGGGGGGCACCCCGCAGGAUCGUGAGGGACAGCGGGCUCUUCGGACAGUACCUCCUCGCACCAGCCAGCGAGUCGCUGUUUCUGAUCAACGGGAGGCAGAAGGCCCUGCGAUGCGAGGUGGCCGGCAUUCCCAGGGGGACCACGGUGGUGUGGGUGGGCGAGGUAUGAGGGAGACACAGAGCAGAGCUCCCCCAACCCACCCACCGCCUCGUCCGUCCGGACCCCGCAGCCCCCCAGCAGGCGCUCUGUACAUUUUCACAGACAAAAAAAAGCAAAAAGCUGUCUCCGCUUCGUGGCUCCACGCUGGUCUUGCAAUGUCCCAGUCUGAGGUCUGCGCUGCUCUGCUCGAGAAACUGGGGUUCCUCCUCUCCCUGAUUGAUUCUCCAUGCUGAGAGCCCUUGUGCCCGGGAGAAGGGAUGGGCUCGUCUGCCCCGUCCCUGUGGACCGAAGGGCAAUGCCCUGCCCUGGGACAGAACUCACCCGCCUGUUGCCCUUCGUGGCCUUCACAUCCCCACUCCCCUCUGCCACCCCCUGCCCUUGGGAUGGGGGUACUCAGGGCAGCGACCUCACUGCCCUCACUCUCCACAGCUGUUUCCCCGCUUCUCUUUUCAUUUGACUCGCUCUAAGCCCAGGGAGAGCCAGCAGGGCACGCUGCCUCGGGUGGGGUGGGGGAAAUCACUCGCUUUAUUUUGAAAAUUUUGAUUAAAAACUAAUUUUCUAUCAUCGCAA